UUGAAGGAAGAGUAAUCAGUAAAGUGCUUACAACUUAGAAUAAAAACCAAACAUCAAAAUGAUUCGACAACAACAGUUUAACAAGACGCGAGUAAUUAGAGGGUUCCCCGGCUAGUUCCGUAGACAAACUAAUUAGCGAACGCGUGUUAAUAUUUGUUAAUAUGGGUAUCACUGGUUUGAUACCAUUUAUUGAAAAGGCUUCCCGCCGGACUGAUGUUAGUGAAUUCAGCGGUUGUACAGUUGCUAUUGAUUCUUAUUGCUGGCUUCAUAAAGGAGCUUUUGCAUGUGCUGACAAGCUGGUGCGAGGAGAGGAGACUGACAUGCAUAUAAAGUACUGUUUGAAAUAUGUGACAAUGCUUCUGUCUAAGAACAUAAAACCGAUCUUAGUAUUUGAUGGACGACAUCUCCCAGCUAAAGCAAUGACAGAAUCAAAAAGGCGAGAAUCUCGAAAUAUUUCAAAGAAAAGGGCAGCAGAGCUUUUAAGUUUAGGAAAGAUAGAAGAAGCCCGUUCAUACCUGCGUCGUAGUGUCGAUAUCACUCACGCCAUGGCACUGGAUCUUAUUAAGGAGUGCAGGAAAAUGAAUGUAGAUUGUAUUGUCGCUCCAUACGAAGCAGACGCUCAGUUAGCCUACCUCAACAUAAAGAACAUAGCACAAUUAGUGAUAACUGAAGAUUCUGAUCUCAUACUGUUUGGAUGUACUAAGGUCCUCUUCAAAAUGGAUCUCCAUGGUACAGGAACUCUGGUUGAAACGUCGAAGUUACCUCACGUAAUGAAAUGUCCGAUACAACACUACACUUUUGAUAAAUUCAGGAGGAUGUGCAUAAUGUCUGGAUGUGAUUACCUAGCCUCAUUACCAGGCAUAGGAUUGGCUAAAUCUAGACAAUUCGUUGUUGCAACACAGGAUCCAAAUUUUGCUAAUGCUUUAAGAAAACUGCCAAAUUUUUUCAAUCGGAUGUCGUUGAUCGUUACCGACGAAUACAGAGAGAAUUUCCUAAAAGCGGAAGCCACAUUCAAACAUCAGUAUGUCUAUGAUCCUAUUGAAAGGAAAAUGCUGAGGCUGACUGAACCAGACGAUGAAGAUACAGAGAAAGCGCUCUGCGUGAACGCAGGAGAUCUGUUAGAAGCGGAUACAGCGUUUCAAUUAGCGUUGGGUAAUUUAGAUCCGUUUACGUUGAAGAAGAUGGACGAUUGGCAUCCAGACUUUAGGAAAGCUGUACAAUACCCUCAGAACAACUGUUGGAUAGAGAGGGAAGUGUCCGCGCAUCCCAGUAUAUGGUCGCCGACGUUCGUUUCGUAUUUGAAUAGUACGAGACCUUGGCAGAAACCAGCGAAGGCUGAGCCCUUGUUCGCUAUACAGACUACAGCCAGGAGAAAAAUAGUCAAUCUUGUUAGUAAGCACGUGCCGGAGACACAGGAUGAAAGCUUGUCAAUCCAAGCACUGAGUUCCAUGUACUGCGUAGAGCCAACAAACAAGAGACAUAAGACGGACGACGAUAUUGAAAUCAUCACAAGCGUCACCAAUGAACAUGACGCGCCGUCGGACAUUGAGAAUAAAGAUAAAUCACCGAUAUUAGAAAACAGAGAGAGGUCGUACAAGAAAUGCUUAAGAAACAAUAACGUAUUGAGGAAGUUUAGUAGAUUUCCGAGGACUGUGUUGGACGAAAACGUCGUUGAGAGCAGAUUCUUCACGGCCAACGUGAAGGUUGAGGAUAAUGUUAAUGACAGAACCGGAUCUACGCGAAAUCCUUUUAAAAUACGUUCGCCCGAAGCGAACAAGGUGACGGUGCGAUCGGAUAACGAGUUAAUAAGUGAUCGGAUUCCGAGUCCAAUAUUGGAUCCAGUCUCGAUUAAACUUGAAAAGUUGGCCGAUUCGCCGCCAACGUUGGACGUAAACACGGAAGACUCCGUCAUAGAGAACACUUAUCCAUACGAGACGUUGGUCACUCCAGUUGAUAGUCAGGAAUCGUUCGGUGAGUCGGCAUCAGUAGUUUCAUCUCAAGACAGCGGCGUAGUCCUAGAUGUAACAAAAACUAACCGGCCGACCACGAAGCCGACCGGUACCAAGAGGCCCGGAUGCAGAGUACCCGGAUUAAGGAAAGCGACAUCCGUGCCGAACAACCAGCCCACGCUACUGAGUAAAUUUGGAUUUCAGAAAAAAGUCGCUUUGAAGAGAUGACUUUAAAGAUUUGUUUAGAAGACUAGUCAAAGGACGUGUGAAAUGUAAACUUUAAGCAUUUAUGAAAGUGCCUUAUUGUAAUAGUUGAAUUAAGUUUAUAAGUGUAAAUAAUGAUUUUAAAUUAAGAAUUUCGAGAUUAUUUGUUUUACGGUGUUUGACGAAGCAGCAAAUUUAAGAACGGAGCUAAAAUUAUAAAUAAAUCCAAAAUACAGUGGGAAAAAAGAAAAAAAUGUUUAUUAAAUUGCUAAUUAAUAUUUUGCAUUUGUUUGUGAUAAUAUCGACGUACAAUAUAAUAUAUAAUACUUUACUAUACUUUACUAUAAUAAUCACUAAAGAUCAUUUAGGUUUUAAGAUGUGACUCUAUGAAGUUAUUUUAAUGAAUCUCUGAUUGAACCUUCCUCAAUAAUUUUUUUUUCGUUUAACAAUAGUAAAAAAAAUCACUUGUUUGGAAUUGUGUCAGUGGAUUA